AUGAGCGUUUCGCGUUAUAAUAACUUUUACUUACUUAAUAUACUCACAUUCAAUUCACAUGCGACAAUGGAAGAACUUGAUCUUGCCAUUGACGAAGAAGUUGCUCUCAUGAGAACAUCACGUACAGCAACAUUCACAUUAAGUUCAUCAUCUUCUUCGUCAUCGUCGUCGUCUUGUUCUAAUCUAUAUAAUAAUAAUCAAAAUGGGCGAACAUCAAAAACGACAACUAUAUGUUCUUUGUCAUCUAAAUCUUAUAUUUCUGAAAAUCACCCACUUCUACAUUCCCAAUCGCUCAUGCUUGAUAAUCAAAGGCAUCGUCCAGCUAUUCAUGAUCCUUACCAAUUAUCAUCAAAUCUUCAACUUUUAGAUAAUUGGAUGAUUGUAAGUGUUGCAUAUAAAUUUUUUUUUCUUCUUCUCCUUUUAUUGUUUUGGUCAUUUCGCGUCUUCUUGAUUGCGGACGUUUUUUCUUAA